ACCAUGACUUGCAGUUCGAAAAUAAAAAAGCUUGAUGCUUCUGGAAGAAAGAGAGAGAAAAAAAAGGUGCCGACUUUAAUCGGUUAAUCCAUAUGAUCAAAAGAAGGCGGGAAGAGUCGAAGAGUCGAAGACCCAAAACCCAAAAUCAAGGUUUCUCCUUUACCGAGCGUGUAGAGAAAGCUUUCAGCCUGCAACAAUGGAGACCCCGAGCCCCAAGCACACGUGCUUAAAGCUCCAACUCAAAGAAGCUCAACAACCCAUCUACGUUAAGGGCACGUGGUUCGAGUCCCGCUUCGACCUCUCCAUCACCGACGGCCUCAACGCUUGGAUCUGCCACGCGUCGGAAGAACAAGUGAGAGACCGAGCGGCUCAGUGGGAUCAGCCGGUCUCGGAGUACGUGGCGUUGGCCGAGCGCUACCUAGGGUUUCAGCACCCAGACUCCGCCUACGGCUUCGCCGAUGCCGGCGACGGCCACAAAAGAUUGUCAUGGACUUUUGAGAAGGAAGGGACCAAGCUAGAAUGGCGGUGGAAAUGUCAGCCAUCGCCUAAUAGUAAGCAAACCACAGCAGCAGUAUUGGAUUUUCUCAUGGAUGCAAAUGUUGGGCUAAGUGAAGAAGUUGUGAGAAAAACUCAAUCAUUUGAGAGAUUGAAAGUGGAAGCUGAGAAGUGUCUAGCACAGAGUGAGAAGCUUACCAAUGAGAAGAUAGAAUUUGAAUCCGCUAUUUAUGCAAAGUUUCUUGGGGUCUUGAAUUCAAAAAAAGCUAAACUAAGAGAGCUUCGAGAUAAGAUUUCAAAACAAGAAAUUGCUGGAAAACUGCCAGAAGAAGAGGAAGCGAGUUCAGACCAAACUGAACCUUUUGUCAGCAGUGAUGAGAAAAGUGAGGAUGAAUCUUUGAAAGAUCUUCCAGUUACCUCCAAGGAUGUUCCGAGGACUAGGUCUCGAGGUCGGGGUCGAAAGAGGGCAGCGGACAAUUAGUGUCCCACUUUUCAAUUCUAAAUCUCAGCAUGUUUAUGCAAAUACCCGAUCCUAGGAUCUUUGCUUACUUUUGUUUCUACAUGUCUAUUUUGUAUCUUGUUGUAGAUUUUUUUUUUUUUUUUUUUAAAGUGUUCAGGUUUUUAGAGGCAUACAAACUUUUGUAACUUCUGUCAUGAAAUGAAGAUGGGCAUCUAGAAGAUGUUUUUUUUCUUCU